AUGUCAGGGAUCUGGGUGUAUUUCUCAAAAAAGCGAUGGAAAGUUGCUAAAAGAGAGGGAUGCAAGGGAAAAUUGGCCUCUGAAUUGGAGAAAGCAAACCCAACCACCGUCACCACUACCCCCGUCUUCGGGCGCAUCCACCGCAACCAUCUCUUUAUUCAUUGCAGGUGGUGCUGUUGCUGUGUAUCCAUUUUGUCAGAAAUGCAUCGUAAGGUAUACCAUACUCGGAGUUCCAAUGCUAAAGAGAAGAUGAAAUACAUAAUAUGGACGAAAGAGAUGGACCGCUGCCUUUCUGAAGUACUUGCUGAUCAUGCAAAACAAGGUUACAAAUCGGAUAAGAUUAUCAAAACAGCAACAUAUGUUGCUGCAGUUACAGCGUUAAACGAAAAGUUUGGGCUUGACUUGGCCAAAGGUCAUGUGAAGAACCGUCUUAAAACAUGGAGGAAGCAAUUUGCGGCUUUGAAGGAGAUCCUUGCUCAAAAAGGAUUUAAGUGGGACAAGGCACAAAAGAUGGUUAUUGCAAAUGAUACUGUGUGGAAUGACUACUUAAAGGUACACCCUGAUGCUAAGGUGUUUCGUGCUAAGUUUGUUGAAAACUAUGAUGAACUGUCCCUUAUUGUUGGCAAUGACCAAGCAAUAGCAAGCUGUUCUGAUGAUGGUACUGAAGUUGAUGUGGAUGUGAUGCCUGACAAUGAGGUUGAAGAGACUGCAGUUGAAAUUCUGAGUGAUGACAAGCCAGCAAAAAACUUGAGAUGGACGGAGGAAAUGGAUUCUUAUCUUGGUAAAAUUCUAGUGGAACAAGUGCAAAAGGGUUAUAAAGUAGACAAUAUUCUGCGGCGUGAAGCAUACGACACAGCUGUUACGGCCUUAAAUGAAAGAUUUGGGCCUGGUUUAGCCAGAGGCAAUAUUAGGAAUCGUCUUAAAACUUGGAAGAAACAGUAUUGCAUUUUAAAGGAACUCCUUUCUCAUGCUGGUUUCAAAUGGGAUGAAGCACAAAAGAAGAUAAUUGCCAAUAAUUCGGUGUGGAAUGACUAUCUCAAGGUACAUAGCAGCUUCUAUAUUAUUGUCUUUGUCCUUUUGCGCCAUUAA